GGAAACAGCGGUUGAUCACAAACUCACAUGGUGACAGGAGCUUUGAGAUAAAGCUUAUCAAAUCUAGUCAAUGUUGUAAGAUCACUAAUCAAAGUGCUGCAGAUCAAAGCGCAGGGAUUGCAAAUCGUUAUGAAUAGGCUACAGCGGUAACAGUUACCGUGCAGUGUUGAAGUUCUUUCUUUAAACUCGACAAGCGGUCAGGCUGGUGUCUGAUCAGUUACCGGUGUAUCUGGAGUGAGUUUCUAACAGGUUUACAGAGUCUGUAAUAGCACAGGAUGCUGGUAUUUUGUUUUUCGGAGUGUUAGUUUGCUGUGGUAGAGCAGAUUGAUUGCCGGUAUUAUUAGAAAGUAUCCCACACGUCUUCCGCACACAUUCCCGAGUGGAAGUGGAAGAGGCGCUUUGUGGGUUCAGCCAGCACGCCGUGGAACGCCCCUGCCUCGGUCCAGUCAGUACAUAUAGACAGAUAUUUCAUUUGAGAGAAGCAUCGACAACACGACAGGAUGAACUUGCUACCCAAGAGCUCGAAGGAGUUCAGCUCGGCGGAGUACUGGGAGAAAUUCUUCAAGAAGCGCGGCGACAAGUCCUUCGAGUGGUACGGGACCUACACGGAGCUGUGCGGAGUCCUGCACAAAUACAUCAAACCGACUGACACGGUGCUGGUGGUGGGCUGUGGCAGUUCGGAGCUGAGUGAGCAGCUGUACGACGCAGGCUACCGCGACCUGACCAACAUCGACAUCAGCACGACGGCGAUCGCCCGCAUGCAGGAGCGCAACUCUGCACGGCGGCCCAGCAUGACAUUCCUGUGCGUCGACGCCCAGCGCAUGGAGCCCUUCGCUGACGGCAGCUUCCAGGCCGCUCUGGACAAGGGCACGCUGGACGCCCUGGCGCCGGACGGCUCUCCGGACACUGUGGAGCGCGUGGGGCGGGUGUUCGCGGAGGUGGGCCGCGUGCUGAGAGUCGGGGGGCGCUACGUGUGCGUGACCCUGGCCCAGGAGCAUGUGCUGAGGGCUGCUGUGGAGCACUUCAGUGGGGAGGGCUGGGCAGUGAGAGUGCACAGGGUGGAGGGGCAGGAGGGAGGGUUCUGCCUGCCUGUGUUUGUACUGGUCUGCACAAAGUUCCGCCGGCCAGCAGAGGGCAGCGCUGCGCUGCCCCAAAUCCUGGAGGUGUGCGAGGGGGAGGAGGGCCCCCCCAGGAGGCUAGGGGCCCCGGAAGAGCUGCUGGGCGCGGUGAUGGAGAUUCAAGCCUACGCUCUUCUCCGGAGCCAACUGGCCUCACACACGGACCCUGCCCAGACACCCACCCUGCAGCUCUGCCACACCCACACCGGCCAGCCACGAUACUCCUGCCACGUCGUGGACAGCCCUGCCGGCGCCACGCUGCACAGAGCCAGCCAUUUCGCUGUGUUUAUCGUGCCCCAGGGCCGGGAGACGAAUUGGCUGUUUGGCACAGCUGAGGGGCGGAGCCAGCUUGCUGGCAGCGCCGGGUUCCGCAGACUGGUUGUCGUGGCAAUGCACCGAGACCAGGAGUACCAGGACAUGCAGGCCAUCCAAUCGGAGCUGUCUGCCAAGGUGAUGGAGCUAGCACCACCUGGACUGCCAGCCAAUCACCAGGUCCCGUUCCUGUCAGUAGGGGGCGACCUGGGCGAGCGGUCGGUGAUGCACCGGGGCUCGAGCACGUUCAGUGGAGACUUCGUGGUGGAGGAUGUGCGCGGCGACGAGGGGCGGCUGUACCGCAGGCUCAUCUUCCUGAGCAACAGCAGCGUGGUGCAGUCUGAGAGCCUGCUGAGGGAGACCGGUAACCCAGCAGGCUCAGGGCGCAAGAGGAACAGGAAGAAGAAAGGCCAGCGGGCGGAGUCGGUGCAGGCUCCUCCCCUGAAGGGGCGGGGUCAGGCCGUGGACAGGAGCUUCCUGUGCUGCGCGCAUCAUCGGGUGAUGGUGUCGGGGCUAGCGCUGCUGAGGGGGAGGGGCAAAGACCUGGCAGAGAGCCCUGUGUCGGUGCUGCUGGUGGGGCUGGGCGGGGGGGCGCUGCCCCAGUUCCUCCACGACUACGUGCCCGGGUCCCGGGUGCAGGUUCUGGAGAUCGACCCGGCCAUACUGCAGGUGGCCUCGGGGUGGUUCGGGUUUGAGCAGGACGACAGGCUGAGUGUAACGUGUGUCCUGUGUGUCUCAGCAGUGACGACAACCUUCCAAUGUCCUUUGCGUAGGAACUGCACCUAUGAUGUCAUCAUGUUCGACGUGGAUAGCAAGGACUCCUCUCUGGGGAUGAGCUGUCCUCCACCUGCCUUUGUGGAGCAAUCUUUUCUGGAGAAAGUCAAAAGCAUUCUGACCCCGCAAGGUAUGUUUGUUCUGAACCUGGUGUGUCGGGACCCUGCCCUGCGUGUCGGGGUGCUGUCUGUGCUGCGGGGGCUGUUCCCCCUGAUCUACGACUGCGGGAUUGAGGACGAGGUGAAUGAGAUCCUGCUCUGCCAGCAGGGGCCCCAGGAGCAAGCACUGACCCCCCCAGAGCUGCUCUCGGCCGGCCAGGCCCUGCAGGGGGUGCUCCGGAGGCCAGGGCAGCCCUGGGACAGCAGCCUUGACAUCGCCGCCCUGCUGGAGAACCUGAAGAUCGCUUGACGGGACACUCGGACCCACAGCCAUCACAUCCCAGGAGGGGUCUUUAUUGUGCAAGCCUUGUGAGGCGCAUUCAGAAAUACAAAAUAAAGCUGAUAAGUUCAGUGACAAAUGUUUAGAGUGGGGGGUUUUCUCAUUGUCUUCAAUAGCACAGCGUUUCUAACAGAACGACACAAACGAGUCAUUGAAGACACUGAGAAGGACUUCCAAUGGAUUCCAUUUCUGUAGUGUCUCUAGAUGUGUCCCUGUCAGUGGUGAUUGUGUGUGUUAGUUGUGCUGACACUCUGGAGAGCUGACUGACAAGCAAGAUGAUGCUAGCAAGGCAUUGCAACGCCUCUGUUUGACACAGCAAGCCAGCCCCUGUCCACAUGUCUCCUCUGUUUGACACAGCAAGCCAGCCCCUUGUCCACAUGUCUCCUCUGUUUGACACAGCAAGCCAGCCCCUGUCUACACAUCUCCUCUGUUUGACACAGCAAGCCAGCCCCUUGUCCACAUGUCUCCUCGGUUUGACACAGCAAGCCAGCCCCUGUCUACACGUCUCCUCUGUUUGACACAGCAAGCCAGCCUCUGUCCACACGUCUCCUCUGCUUGUUUGUAUUUCUGAUUCCCUGAUUGGAUGCAGCUUCUUGAAUGAAGUUAAUGUUAUGCAGAGUGAAGGAGCCUCGUCUGCAAUUCAAAACACUCAGACCACGAAAAACUCAAUAAAACAACUUUCAUACA